CCCAAUCCCCAAUCGAUGGCACAGAGCAUUCACAGAGGCGCGAGUGACAAAGCUGUGUGGAGGACCUGCGUGUGUGUGUGUGUGUGUGCUCAAGAAGGACUAUUCACUGCACCUCAAAGCGAUGAGACAGUGAGAUGGGGGCAGCGUGUUGUUGUUGUUGCCCAAGUGACAACGAAGGCCCAAAAGACGACAACGACCGCCAUGAUCGGGAACCGCUUUUACAGCAGGAAGGUUCACAUAUUGAGGCUGUGCGCCCUGAGGACCAGCUCAAUGACCAACCUGCCAUUCCGAUAGAACAGCAGCAUAUUGACCUCGUAAACAACCAUCCGUUGAGCAGUCAUAGUCCUUCCAAGGUGCAGCUCUAUGUUGAGAAACGAAGCCGUUCCCCUAAUAAACGUGACGGAUUAGGUUUUGAAAAUCCGAAUGCAAUUGAUUCAGAACCUCCAGAUCCACUUGGCGCAGCAGAUAGUCGAAGUACUACCCUAUCACCGACUGAUGUCAAGCCCGAAGUUCUACCGAACGUUAUAGAAACAAGUGCCUUGCUUCAUAACCAAGGGCCUCUUGUAUCUCCACUUAUUCCUCAAUCAGAUGAUGACGUUCUUGUUGACCCGAUUCAGCAGAGAAGUAGAGAAGCCCAAGGCACACAGUUUAGUGAGUGGGUCAGUGCAGAGGAUGACCCUAUUCCACACACGGGUGCCUUGGACAAGGACAGGUCAAGUGCUCUGUCCGACUUGCAGAAUACCAGCACUUCUCCGGCAGGGUUUGGUAUCAGCAGUUCGCCAAACAUUCUCAAACCUGCUUCAUCCAUCGGUUCGAAUGCUGCAAUCCCUCUGAUUCCUUCGACCGUCAGUGAGGCAAGCAGCGUUCCCACCAUUGAUUGGUCUGGUAAUGUCAUGCCUACACAGCAAGCUUCGACACAUGACCAGUUCGGUGGAGACGCUGAAUACGGACUGCUUACUUCAAGCCGACCAUUACAAGUACUGGUACCCCAACCUCCUGCCACCAGCAACCGUGGACCUGUUGCUGCCAUUGGUGACUCGGCUGGUGGAAUCAUUGACUCUUCAGCAACUGAUAAGAAAAAAGACCUGAGGCGUAAAGAACAAAAUGCAUCAGUAUCGUCCAUGGACGAAAAGUCACUUAAAAAAAGCAAGCAGGAGAACCUGAGCAAACUACUGGAGAAGGAAAUCACCUUGAUAGGAAAGAAUGAUCCAGUCAUGGUCGCAGCAAGUAAGAGCAAAAAUCAAGAGACUCGGGAUCCGGUCUCUAUCGGAGAGGCUGUCGACGUUCAGGCGGAGGCCAGGGUACAUCAACCACAAAGCAUAGUGCCUUUAGAAACUAAGGCAAACGUAGGAUUAAACGCCGAUGAGGAGCAAGUUGCGUCUAGCCAAGGUCAUCACCCAACAACUGAGUCUCUUAAUAGCAAAGCGCAUCGUUCUGACAUAACCCAUGUUGGCUUGGAUAUUACUCAAGAAGUUGACAUGCCUCCAGAUACUGUUGUUGGAGCGUUACCGCUACAUUCAACCCAAACCACAGAUGUAAACCGAGCAGCAGACGUUGCUGCAGAUGUGAAAAAGGAAGGCAUUCCUCUUGAUAAUGCAAAGAAGAAAAACAAGAAGAAGAAAAAGGGAAAGAAAGCCAAUGACAGGAGUGAUUCGAGUAAAGACGAUGCUGUAGGUCAGAGGAAGGGGGACGCGGCACUAGAUGUUUUGACAGGUGAUGUAAAUGGCAAUGCUGUAGAAGACAACGGAAAGCAAGAACCGGAUAACAGUCAAGGGAGUGUAUUCGAUACGAUCCCGGUUUCUCUUGACAAGCAAGGUACUGACAAAACGGAAUUACCACCUAGGGAGACUUUGGAUGCGGAUGGAACAUCGUCGCACGUUCCAACAUUGACGACGGAGAAGGUUUCAGGAGAACCAUCAAUUCCUGUAAAUGUUGACUUGGGGGUUGAGGACGUUGAAGCUGUUGAGUCCUUCGGAACCACCAAUUCGCCAACUGGACACGUCCCCAGUGGAGGAGCCAAGAAACGUGAUUCAGAACCAGGUGUUGGUGUCGAACUUCCGGUUACGACGACGAAGAUGGAGAAAGUCCCAAGCCAAAGACAUACUGGAAAGGAAUCAGUUGAUGCAAAUGCCAACCUCCAACGAUUAGAAUUUAAAGAAACUGGCUUACCAGAAUUGGAUGAGAAGUACAAGUUGCUUACAAACCUAUUCAAUGAGUACUUGGACAAGUUCAACCUCCUCCAAACCGACUACAAACAGAUGUUGACCGCCUACGAAAAAUCCGGCCUCAUGUGUGCCUCGCUCCUGCCCGUGUUCUUAAUGCUCAAAAGUCAACUUGGUGAAGAUGACAAGAGUAACCUUAAGUUGGAACGAACGAACAGUUACCAAAUCACCUUUGAGCCAGGUCACAUUUCUAAGGAGGGUGCAACAAUCUUCCAAUACUUUAACAGUUCAAAUCGCCUUUUGGUAGACUUGAUCGGUGAAGGAAGGAAUCCCGUGAUAGAAUCGGCCAGGAUGAUCAUAGACAGCGAAGAAGGUACAAAUAAAAUGGUAUCCGAGAAGUUUUCUGGUCCGGAGCAGGAACACAUCAAACUUGCCGUCUCUAGAGUGGUUGUGAUGAUGAGAAACGUCAUUCCUAGUGUAAAUUACAUGAUAAUCGAGGCAACAAGAGUCCAGGAUGACCUGGAGGGUGCAGCCCUUGUGUUGUUCACACAGGAGGACGAGAGAGAAAGGGCUGAAGCGCACUUAACAACCCAAAGGUCUUUCAUUAAACUGUCAGUCACAUAAGUGAGACUCUGACACUUGUAUCAUUUUGUUCGAUGGCAUAUUUAGUGCACUCCCUUUAAUUGAACAUGAUAAUCAGCGCGUCAAAAAGAUGGACUUUUGGCAGAUGGAAUGUAGCAUCGAAAUUUUCUUAACUGAAGUGUAACCGUCUUAAUUCGCUCUUUUAGAUGGGACGUUUUUGUCAGUCGUUGCUUUACGUCAGAUCUUAGACCCAUACUCCUGAACAUGUCGUCAUGAGCAAAAUGUAUUGUAUGCAUGUCUCGCCCUAUCGCAUUUGUUUAUAAAAACUUGAUACAAUGUCAAAUCGAUAACAUGUUGUAGUUAAUUGUAAAAUACUUAAUACAGUAUUCUAGUAUAAAAAUAAAGUUUGGUAAGCAAUUUGAA